GGAGAGAGAACUACUGCACCUCUCAGCUCCGGACGGCUUCAACUUUCUGCAAACCUUCCGGAAGUCCAGACAUUACAUUGAUAUCACUUCUCUCGCAUCAAUUGCUUAUUUUGUACGCAAAAGGAGGACCGGGACUCGAUAUUUCCACACCACGACUCGGAGAUUUUGGACCAUUGGACCCUCGAACCCUCGAACCCUCGUCGGGCCAGACAGCUUUAGUGAACCGUACUGGUAACGGUUGCCAAUACAUUAUCUAGCGACCAGCAAUUCGAUACACCUAUAUCAUGCCUUGGUUCUCCUCUUCUCGCUCCUCCCACUCCUCCUCGCACUACCCCUCCCACUCCCACUCCUCGUCCCGCCCCGCCUACGUCCGCUCCAGCGCCGGCUCCUCCUACUCCCGGUCCUCUACCUCCCACUACAAGCGCCGCCCGCGCGACGGCUAUAUCGCACGCCUGCUGCACAAGCUGAAGCGCCUGUUCCGCGAGCUGUGGUACUACGCGCGGAAGCACCCGAUGAAGGUGUUUUUCUUGGUGAUCAUGGUAAGUUUCGUCGAGACUUUUGGAAGAUGAUGAGGGGGUGCUAAUGGAGGUGGGUAGCCGUUGAUUUCUGGGGGUGCGCUCGCCGGGAUUGCGAAGCAGUUCGGGGUGAG